UAAAUGUUUAUCAAAAGAUCUUUUUUGGGUAAUUGUGGGCAUACCAUCCAUAAAAGUUUGAGUAGAGAUAUUGUCAAAGGAAAGCAGUAGCCUUGGGAUUCCCUUGCUUUCUUUAGAAUUUAGUCAAAAGGAAGCAAGUGACCUUGAAAGAGAGUUUUAAAGCAAAAGCAAAAACAAGAAAGGGGAUUGGUGGAUACAAAAAGGGGAAGAGAUGAGCCCUGUUGAAGUGGGCUAGAUGCUGCUACAAAUUGCUUGCUGUUGGGAUAAUUAUGCAGAAAAUAAAGAACUUGGGAAGUAGUGGGAGGCUGUCAAUGGAAGAAAAUGUUGAGGAUGAGGAGAUUUCAAGAUUGGCAAUCUCCACAAUUCAAGCUAAGGAAGAGGAGAUUGAAAGGAAAAAGAUGGAAGUCAAAGAGAAAGUUGAACUCCAGCUUGGUCGUGCUGAAGAGGAAACAAGGCGUUUGUCAACGAUUUGGGAAGAACUUGAAGUGCUGUCUGAUCCUUUAAGGAAGGAAGUUUCUAUGGUAAGAAAGAAGAUUGACAUGGUUAACAGGGAGCUAAAGCCUCUUGGACAGAGCUGCCAGAAGAAGGAGAAAGAAUACAAAGAAGCCCUGGAAUCUUUCAAUGAAAAGAACAAAGAAAAGGCACAACUGGUUACUACUCUAAUUGAGAUGAUGACUGAAAGUGAGAAACUAAGAAUGAAGAAGCUGGAGGAGCUCAGUAAGAACAUAGAAUCAAUACAGUAGAUGUCCUUACUCUAAGGCUAUUAAGCUUGUGUAAUUGUAUUUUGGAUAUUUACUUUCAUAGAGUUUUAAGUUACUUUACGUCUAUCCUCUACAUUUCAAACUCCCUUGGUCUUUACAAAAAGAUGAACAUGUAAUUUGGUCUCUAAGGUAUACUACUUUGAAGGAUUUGGUACUUAUAGGAAUUAGGUAAUUGAAUUUUAUUUCUG